AUGCCUCGGGAGCAGCAGGCUGGCUGCAUCCUUCUCACAUUCCUGGGUCUGUCUGGGCUGGUUGGCACAGUUACCAGAACAUACCAUAUUGGGAUUGUGGAAGAAUACUGGAAUUAUGUACCCCAAGGGAAGAACGUUAUUACUGGGAAAAGCUUCGCAGAAGACAAACUUGCAACCUUUUUUCUGGAAAGAGGGCCCAAAAGGAUAGGCAGUAUUUACAAAAAGGCCGUUUACAGACAGUACACAGAUGAGACCUAUUCCACGGAGAUCUCCAAACCCUCCUGGCUUGGAUUCCUGGGCCCCAUCUUGAGGGCUGAAGUGGAUGAUGUGAUUGUCGUUCAUUUAAAGAACUUUGCUUCCCGGUCUUACUCUUUGCAUCCACAUGGUGUUUUCUACGACAAGGAUUCAGAAGGAGCCCUGUACCCAGAUGGAACGUCUGGAAAGAACAAGGAUGAUGACAUGGUUCCUCCUGGCAAAAACUACACCUACGUCUGGCCAGUGAGAGAAGAAUAUGGACCUACUUCAGCAGAUGCCAACUGUCUGACCUGGGUGUACCAUUCGCACAUCGACGCCCCCAAGGAUAUCUGCUCUGGGCUAAUUGGCCCUCUGCUGGUGUGUAAGAAAGGUGUCCUGAAUAAAUAUUCAGGGACAAGGACUGAUGUGGACCGAGAGUUUAUUAUAAUGUUCACUCUGGUGGAUGAGAACCAAAGCUGGUACCUCGAUGAAAAUAUCAGACAUUUCUGCACUGACCCUGAUUCAGUUGACAAAGAAGAUGCUGUUUUCCAGAGGAGUAACAAAAUGCACGCCCUCAACGGAUACCUCUUUGGAAACUUCCCAGAGCCUGAAAUGUGUGUUGGUGAAUCUGUGUCCUGGCAUCUCUUUGGAAUGGGGAGUGAGAUAGACAUCCAUUCCAUCUAUUUCUAUGGUAAUACCUUCAUCAGCAGAGGGCACCGAACUGAUGUUGUCAACCUGUUCCCAGCCACCUUCCUGACCACGGAAAUGAUAGUUGAGAAUCCUGGGAAGUGGAUGAUAACCUGCCAAGUCAGUGACCACUUACAAGCUGGUAUGCUGGGGCAAUACAAUGUUGGUACCUGCAACAGCGUUUUCUCCCACCCAAAGAUGAAGGGUCAACAGAGGCACUACUUUAUUGCUGCUGAAAAAAUUCUUUGGGAUUAUGGUCCUCAAGGCUACAACAAAUUCAGUGGCCUUCCCCUAAAUGCCUCUGGCAGUGACUCUGAACCCUACUUCACACAAGGGGACAGCAAAAUAGGAGGAAAAUAUUGGAAGGUUCACUAUGUCGAGUAUAUUGAUGCAACUUUUACACGAAGAAAGAAACUCUCUGAGGCAAAAGACCAUCUUGGAAUUCUUGGCCCGGUCAUCAAGGCAGAGGUGGGUGAUACCCUGUUAGUGACCUUUGCAAACAAAGCAGACAGGGUGUACAGCAUUUUGCCCCAUGGUGUGAUCUAUGACAAAGCAGCGGAUGCAGCCCCAAACAUAGAUGGGUUUCUGAAACCAGGGGCGCAUGUGAAGCCAGGUGAAACCUUCACAUAUAGGUGGACGGUGCCUGAAAGCGUAAGCCCAACAGCUGCUGACCCCCCGUGUCUGACCUAUCUUUACUUCUCAGCAGUUGAGGCAAUCAAGGAUACCAGCUCUGGCCUCGUAGGGCCUCUGCUGGUCUGUAAGAAGGGCGUUCUUAAUGCUGAUGGAACACAGAAAGGAAUAGACAAGGAAUUUUACCUCCUGUUCACAGUCUUUGAUGAGAAUCUGAGCUGGUAUCUUGAUGAAAACAUUCAGAAGUUUAUCUGGCAUCAUUUCAGUGUUGACAAAGAGGACAAAGAGUUUGUGAAAUCCAACCGAAUGCAUGCUAUUAAUGGCUAUAUGUAUGGCAACCAGCCAGGCCUAACCAUGUGCAAAAAGGAUCGAGUCUCCUGGCAUAUGAUUGGAAUGGGCACCGAUACCGACAUGCAUGGAGUUUAUUUCCAAGGGAACACCAUCCACCUCCAAGGGACUCACCGUGACACCCUGGCCCUAUUCCCCCACACCUCCGCAACGGUAUUUAUGCAGCCAGACCGUGCAGGCAUUUUCAGAGUGGUGUGUUCCACCAUGCACCACUUGAUGAGAGGCAUGCAUCAGAUCUAUGAGGUCAAGAGCUGUGACAACAAGGACCCUUCUGAGCAGCCGUACAGGAUGCUAAGAACCUUUUACAUCGCUGCUGAAGAGGUAGAAUGGGAUUAUGCCCCUAACAAAAACUGGGAGUUCGAAAAGCAGCACGAGGACGCAAGAGGGGAAAGACAUGGAGAUAUAUUUAUGAACCACACUGAAAACUGGAUUGGCUCUCAGUACAAGAAGGUGGUUUACAGGGAAUAUACCAAUGGAGAAUUUGUGGAGAUCAGAGCCCGGUCGCCGCGAGAGCAGCACUUAGAGCUCCUGGGCCCAAUGAUUCAUGCAGAGGUGGGUGACUCCGUCCUGAUUGUAUUUAAGAACAAAGCCAACCGGCCCUACUCUAUCUCAGCCCACGGUGUGGAGGACAUGGAUAGUGGGAAGCGAUUCCAAGUGCCCAUCACAAAACCAGGAGAAAUAAAAACUUACCAAUGGAAUAUCCCUAAAAGGUCAGGCCCUGGGCCCUCUGACCCAAACUGUAUUCCAUGGGUUUACUAUUCAACAGUAAACUUUGUGAAGGACACAUAUAGUGGUUUGAUGGGUCCUCUGAUUACAUGCAGAGAAGGAGUGUUGAAUGAAAAGGGAAGAAGAAGAGAUGUUGAUUAUGAAUUUGCUCUCUUGUUUUUGGUAUUUAAUGAGAAUGAAUCCUGGUAUCUGGAUGACAAUAUUAAGAAAUAUCUCAAUAAAGAUCCACGAGAUUUUAAACACACCGAUGAUUUUGAGGAGAGCAACAAAAUGCAUGCUAUUAAUGGGAAGAUAUUUGGGAAUCUCCAUGGGCUCAUAAUGAAUGAAGAUUCAAUGACAAACUGGUAUUUGUUAGGAAUUGGAAGUGAAGUGGACAUACAUACCAUCCAUUAUCAUGCUGAGAGCUUUCUUUUAAAAACAGAUAAAUCUUACCGAGAAGAUGUGUAUGAUCUCUUUCCCGGGACAUUCCAAACCAUUGAACUGUUUGCCGAUCACCCAGGGACAUGGCUGCUACACUGUCAUGUGUCUGACCACAUCCAUGCUGGCAUGGAGACAACCUACACCGUCCUCCAGAACAUAGACAACAGGAUUCCUUAUUCUACCAAGUCUCCUUCUGAAGAAGCAUCUCAUCCAGUCACCGUGCCCUCUGAUGAAGGACCCAGUAAGGAGAAGCUCUAUUUCUUUGGCAAGAACCUGGGUCCCAGAGGAGCCAAGGCAGCCUUGGUCAUCCUUUUUAUCAUCGGACUUGUCCUGGUGAUAGCGACGCUGGUUCUCUCCCUCAGACUCCGCUCUGUGAGGAAGCAGAUGGAGUACCGGGUAGUCCAGUCCUGUGCUCUCCCCACGGAUGCUCUGUGAAUCUUCUGGUCUUGCUCAGACAGGAAGAGGUGAUGUUCCACGGCGGGAUGGCUGAUGGCAGCCAACAGGGAAGCUGGACCACAGCAAUGUUCACCAAGGAAGGUUGUCACUGUGUCAGGGAUUGGGUGUCUGAUCCUCUGAACAUAAUCCAAUGCAAUUUGCUUUUAUUUAUUUCUGAAAAUGGGCUGUGAAUAAUCCUCAGGUAUAAAAUACAGAAAAAGGAGAAUUGACAUGACUGAGAAAUGGCAACUCUUAAGUCUAUUCUCUGAAUGAGUUCACUGAAGUGGAGGCACCCUCUAAAAGAGACCUUAAUUUUUCAUUUUUCAUAAUCUUUAGAUUAGACACUGUUUCCUUUGCUAACCAUAAAGUUUCCAGGUGGACCACUUCUAGAAAUAUUUAUAGUGCCUCAGCCAUCUAACUGGAAGGGUCCUAAUUUUACAACACUGUUAUGUAAAGCUGCUUCCUGUAGUUGUUUCAGGGAAAAAGAACUUUCUGAGGAACCCAUUGCCUUUGAGUCGAUUCUGACUGGUAGCGACCCUAGAGGGAGCUCAUGGAAAUGUCUACGUCAAUAUCUGCUGAUAGAAUUUGACUAAAUGAAUUUUUGAGGCUUUAACCAGCCUUCCUGGCCUCUCCCCCUUUUAUGUCAAUAGCCUGUACACUGUUCAUUCCAAAAGGCAUUUAAAAUUUUUUUAAGCAUUUUUAAAAAAUUGCUGCUGUUUUUAUACAAACCUGUAGUGAUGCUUGAAUGUUUACAACUCACUUCAUGUUAUCUGUUUUUACAGUAUGUUUCUGUAGCUAUGUCUGUAUUUUCAGAAAUCGACUUGAGAAUUUGUAUUUCUAUCUCAGAAUCUGGGAGCGUUGGGAUCUGUGAACUCACAGGCUCGAUUCUCCCCGAGAGUCAGGGACUUCUCUGAAUCUUUAGUGGGAGCUUCUGAGGGAGAGGGAAGCUUUGCAGGAGGAGAGUCCAGGCUUGAACCUUGAGCCUGGUUUUCCAUUCGGUGAGGUGCAUCUUCCCAAGUUUCCAUCUCCUGUGAAAUAAAAACGGUCUCAGUACAUGAGACACGCUGGGAGAAAUUCAUCAGUGCCGCUGACUGAGGAGCGGGCUCUCAUGGAAUCCUAGAUUUUAUGCUUCUUUAUGAAAGACAUGGCCUUUGAUUGGAGAAAAGAACAAGAAAGGCAUAGGGAGGAGGGAUGGCUUGAAAAAGAGAUUCCUGCGUGGCAAUUUUUGGACCAUGGAAUCAGCGUUGUAGAUAAGCCUUAAACUUUUCCAGGCUCAAAUGCCAAAAUAAAAUGUGGAAUAAUUAAACUCAGCCCUCUACCAGGCAAUCGGCACUCUCUGAACAGCUGCCUAAAGCUUAGGUGUAAGACUGAUAAAAGCAACAUUGUUUAUUACCAGACUGAGAAAUUGCCCUUAGCUCAGGGCAAGAAAUCCCCUGCAAGGGCAGAUGAGUGAUGUCGGUUCAUCUGUCUUCGCAGUGGGCCAUUUGAAUGUCCAGGUGAACAAGUGGGACCUAAUAAAUACUCUGGUGGAGGGAUCUUUCACUGUUUUUCAUCUUCAUCUUGGUAAGGGGAAAAGGGUAAUUUGAUAGAAGCUAUCAUAUUAAAAAAAAAAAAAUUUUUUUUAUCAUAUAGAAUAGUAUGUGAAUGCUAUUAGUUCUGUUCUUACUUUGCUUGAAUGUCAUAUCAAACAGGAAACCCAAAGGGUUUUGAAAUCCAGCCUGCUAACCACUAGCAAUGUGAUUUUGUAGUAGGUGCUAGGCAGUUUUCAUACCCAUGUAGGCUGUAUAAUUACAUACUAGUAAUUACGUUAUAUGCCUUAUUUAUUAAAGUAAGACCAUUAAUUGUUUAGUCGUUCGGUUUUUUCCUUUUCACUUAGUUUAUUUUUUUAAAUGGAAAACAAAACCAGAAAGUAGUUUGCACGAUUUCUCUAUUUAAUAAAGUUUCACAUAUUAUAAGAUGGCUGUUGAUGUGAUUUCUUUCACUCCAGAUUUGUUGUUGUUGUUAGCUGGCAUCGAGUCAGAGCUCAUGGCUACUCCACGUACAACAGAAUCAAACGCUGCCUGGUCCUGCACCAUCCUCACAACUGCUGGCUAACUUGAGUCCGUUGUUGGCAGCCACUGUGUAUUUUGAGUGUCUUCCAACCUAGGGGCCUCAUAUUCCAGCACUAUAUUAGAUACUGUUCUAUUGUGAUCUAUAGAGUUUUCACUGGCUAAUCAUUUAAGAUUAUCUAUCACUAAU